GGCUGAGUCAACACUGAGCGCUCAUUGGCCAGCAGCUCCACACUGUACGCGCCCAUCCUCCAUCCUCACUCCUGUGCUGACAUCCGCACCUUGCAGAAAGUUCCCAGCACUGCCAGGCGCAGUGCAGAAGAGAGUCGGUUUGAGAAGCGUCUUUGUUAGGAGUGCGGCAUGCGGUGGCCUGUCCUGCAGUGAUCGCAGCGGGGUGACUGACCACAGAUUUAUUGUUCCUGUGGCUCCUCUAAGGGUGAUGUCUUGCACUUGCAAAGUUUGCACUCCAAUUUAUUUAACAGAAAUGACUACACACCGCAAAUCACCUGUGAAGAACUUUGAGAACCUCACCUUGGACUCUGGCUAUGGAGGCAUGGCAGGGUCCUGUCGGUCUUCUGUGCUCUCAUUGUCUCCUUGCAGUCUGGAUGCUUCAGCUUGUCAGGGAGAGAAUCUCUGGAUGAUUCACGGGGAAGAAACACUUCAGACAAAUGGGGAUGGAAGGAGAGAUGGAUGCCAGAAGUGCUUGUCACAUGAACCUGAAGGACUUGAUGCACACCCCAAACUCCCAACUCUAGAAUACAUGCCCUGGACAGAGGACGAAAUGUUCAGCGUAAUGCAGAAGUGUCAGCCAAGUUCCCCUGUGAAGCGGAGCAGUCUGGUCAGCCUCCUGUCCACUUAUCUGGGCAGGGCCCUGCUUAGACUGUCCAAGGAAGCCCAACGACUGAGUCUUCCUAUUGGGAAGUGCACCAAAUAUGAAAUCCAGAGUGCAGCCAAGCUGGUCCUGUCUUGGACUCUGUCUGAAACGUGUAUGGCUGCAGGAGUACGGGCUCUGUCCCUGUACAACAUGAGUGCAGAGGAGCCCUUCACUUUGGAGAAAAGUGCCCUCUGCGGCCUCGCUUUCUCUGUGGGUAGCUUCUUCCGCUGGCUGGUGGACAGCAGGGUGGCUCCCCGGGUACAUGAACAUGCGGCCAUUUACCUGACUGCUACUUUGGAGAGCCUUCUGGAGGAGGUGUAUGGACGUUUACUGGCCAGCCAGGAGUCAAAUGGGCACCUGGAUGACAAGUCUCUAGAACGGACUCUUAGUAAUGAUGCAGAACUUUGGGGGCUUUUUCAACCAUACCAACAUCUCACCUGUGGGAAGAAUGCCUAUGGUGUUCCUACCCUGCCUUCUUAUCUGAGUAUCUACACCAGAGGGUCCCUUGGUGCAUCUGGUCAGCAGCGGGGCUUCUUCAGAGGCAAUGAGCUGCAGACCUUGGAGCAGAACCUCCUGACCAUCUCUGUGGGCAGCGUGGCCGAGCUUAGUGACCUGGUGAUCAGUGCAAUGUACCAACUGCAGCAGCUGGGUGCCCAGAGUACAGGCCGAACCUUUCAGCUGCACUUUCGACAGGGGCCUCUGUCCUGGGAGCCUGAAGCCCUACACACACUUUACUACUACACUGCCUGCCAACAAAUAGACUGGGACAAUCCCAAUAGUGAGCCUCCUAAAGUCAAACUCUGCAGUGACAGGCCGUAUGCCUCCCUGCCUCCUUUGGUCGAGUGGAUCCGUGUCUGUGUCGCCUAUGCUGAGCACCGGCACAGCUUGACAGUGGACAGCAAUGACGUCCAGCAGGCGGCCAGACUCCUGCUUCCUGGAGUUGACUGUGAGCCACGGCCUCUGAGGGUGGAAUGCUGUCUGUAUGCCUCUAAACGCCUGGAGGCUGCUGCUGCGGCCCAGAAACUCAAGUGGAACCUGGCCUUCCGCAUGCUUAGCUGUGGUCGCACCGAUCUGCUGCCCGCUGCCUGCUCUUUGUUGGGGCCUGAUGGAAUCAACUCAGUGAAUGACCAGGGCUUGACACCACUGAUGUAUGCCUGUGCAAGUGGAGAUGAAGCUAUGGUGCAAGUACUCCUAGAUGGAGGAGCAGCACUGGACAUUCAGGUCCCUGGAAACCUCCAGAAAGCUUUCUGUGCACACCCUGACACACGAGGUUGGACUGCACUCAUGUUUGCAGUUGCCUUUGCGCACACGUCUGUAGUUCAGUUGCUGUUAGAUGCUGGAGCAGACGUUGAUGGUUGUGUGGAUGAUGAGGAGAUGACAGAAUCCCCUCUGCAGCUGGCAUCAGCAGCAGGUCACUACAAUAUGGUUUGUCUGCUGAUGGAGAGGGGUGCAGAUCCCUUGGCUGGGGUAUCUUGUAAAGGCACUCAAGGAGCCUCCAAUGCGUUCAGCCUUGCAGCAGCUCAUGGGCACAGGAAUGUCUUAAGGAAGCUAUUGUCCCAGCCGGAGUCGCAAAGUAGUGAGAUCCUUUCUCUAGAGGACAUGCUGGCUGAAGGGACAGAGCAGAAUGAACCAAGGGGAGCCAGAUGGAGUCGCAGUAAGAAGGUGCGACUGAAGGCACUACAGGAGGCCAUGUUUCACAGCUCAGAGCAUGGCUUCCUAGACAUCACAGUGGAGCUUCGGCGACAAGAAGGAGUCCCCUGGACCCUACACACUUGGUUGCACACCCUACAAACAUCAUUCACUCAGCAGCGCUGGGAUUUGAUCCACUGGCUGCUAGAAGAGUUUGGAGAAGUCAGAGAAGUCUUCAGUCAUGAGAUGGUGUCCAUUGGCCUGCCCAUCCUUUUUGAGAUACUCAAGGAUAGCAAGAGUGAGGCUACAGUCCAGAAACUUGCUGCAGUUUUCAGCCGUUGCUAUGGACCAUAUCCCAUUCCAGCUGUUCCCGAUGGCAGCCUCCGGAACAAGAACGUAAAAGAUAUAUCUUUCCUGAACUGCAAAGACAAGAGUGACCUCACCUUCCUUGUUGAAGGGAAGCCCUUCUACGCCCAUAAAGAUCUGGUGUCUUCUGCAUCCACAAGAUUUCAGAAGCUUAUAGCAGCAGCAUCAUCAAAAGGCCAAAUUGAAAUCAAGGAUAUGAAGUACACCACAUUUCAGGUGGUAAUGCAGUGGUUGUAUACUGGCAGCUUGGAAAUACCUCAUAUUAACAGAACCCAAGUUCUUGAGGUUCUGCAAGCAGCAAAUUUCUUCUGCCUAAACCCAUUGAAACGGCACUGUGAGAUGCUCUGUAGCAGAAUGGUACACCCAGCAGACAUUGUAACCAUGUACCAGCAAGCUAAGCUGUUCAAGGCAUCAGAACUGAAGGCUUUUUGUGAGGGCUACUUCCUGAAGAACAUGACUGCUCUCUUAGAGGUGAAUGCUUUCCAGCACCUCCUUUUGGGCUCUGGCGGGUCAUCUGGGGAAGACACCAUGCUCAAGGACCUCAGCAGGGCACUGGCCACCAGAAUGAAUGCCAUCUACCAGCCGUCCUCCAAGGAGACAACGGUGUAGGACCACAGGAGGAAGAACGUGCUUUUUACAUUACUUUGUGCCAGCUUGACGCUUUUUAUAAUGGGUGUUUGCAUUAGUGUGACCAACAACUAGAACACUCGGCACUAUUGGAGGUGUACAAGUGAAGGAAGAUUUUGGAGAACAAGUUGGGGGGCAUGGUUGCAAUCUUACACAAGUUGUUGAUGCCCCUCUUUUAUGUGGAGAGCUGGUAUCUCCUUUAAAAUAAGAGUUUGAAGUUCUGACCCGACCAGGAAAAUGUUUCACUUCUGUCUAGGGCAAGUGGUACAUGUAGGAGCCAGUUGUGCCAGUUUCAAGUUCCAUUUGUAAUUCAUUACUUUAGACAAAGGAGGGGGGUGGGAGGGGGAGUUCAUUUCUUUGUUGGUGUUGCUCCAUUGCCAGUGUAGGGUCCCCUGCUCACCUGGGACCCUACAUAAUUUUCAUCAGUUACCUGCCAACUAGCAGAAAGGAACCCUUCCUACAAAUCCAGAGGUCUUCUUCUGGGGAGCUCCACGCAGUCCAGACAGUUCGGGAGCUUUUGAUCUGGUGGGACGGGGGCUGCCUCUGGAAAGCCUUGCCCUCACAUUUCUUUCAGUAGCACUUUGUACUGCUAAGCCAGUUAUUAAUAUUUAUGAAAACGUGCAAUAUUUGUAAAUAGAUCCUACUUCACCGAUUCAUUGCUUGUGUUAAUUUAUUGUUUUUGUAUGUUGUACAGAUUUGUAUAAUUUAAAAGAAUUAAAGCGAGCAACUGACAGUUCACCCAGA